ACCCUGUUACUCCAGUGUGCGUCGCGACGCGCUGCUGCCGUCGUCGUGGGUGGUAAACAUUGCCAUCGAACUCUUGGUGCGGCUGAGACAAAUUUAUAUGAUUUUCAAGUUUGAGUGAAAAUAUUUCUUUGUGGCAUAGAUAGUUCGAAAGAGAAGUUUAAUUGGAAUAGUGUGUUCUAUAUUUCUUUUACAAAUAUCUUGCGUGAAGUGGAGAAUUUUAGAGAAAAGGUAAGCGUCGAUUUUCUUACGUAGGUGUAUUAGUGCAAUACUGUGUAAAGUUGAAUUUGGAUGAUGAUUCUGAGGAAGCCAUUUUGUGAUGACACAAGAAAAGGCCUUAACGGAAGUAACGCAACGAGUCAAGCAGAGUGACAUCGCGGUGAAAACAAGCCUACCUGGAAUAGACGCGAAAAAAACAAACAUCAGCCCAGAACUAUGGAGGGCAGCGGCGACUGAAAUGCUGAACUCAACAUACAGAAACCGCAAAAAAAUUUACACCGACGCAUCGAAAAACUCCAGGGGAACGGCAAUAGCGGCGGUAGACUGGUCGGACGGAUCCUCUAGAAAGAAAAAGAUCAACGAAAAUACUAGCAUCACCAACGCUGAACUGAGAGCGAUAGCAGAAGCAGCCAACAUUAUCGACGAGCGAGGUUACACGGAAUCGGUAAUCAUCACGGAUUCUAGAAGUGCAUGCGAGUGUUUGAAGAACAAGGACCAGAUCCGAACCAAUCAUAUCGUAAGAAAAGUGUGCCUGCAGCUAGGUGAACUAAAAAGCCAAGGAAAAAACGUGGUGAUACAAUGGAUGCCCAGCCACGUAGGGAUACGAGGCAACGAACUUGCAGACGAGCUGGCGGUUUCCGAAACAGAAAGAACAGAGACAGAUGAAACGGAGCAGGAAGGACAACUACCCGGAUAAAAACUAACCAUAGGGUAUUUGGUGAAAACCAUUCCUGUACCAUACAGUGUACCAGCUACAAUAUAGUGUAUUGUAAUGCAAUGGUUCGCUAAAAGCUUUACAUCACAGACAAACAGACGUAUCACUUGUAACAAAUUUCGAUUAAAAUCAUCGUCACGAAAACUAAAUCGCCCAAUACUAACCAGGCUGUGUCACGCAAACUACUCAGUAGGUGGCGGCAGUGAGCAAACGUCAAACAGGAGCAAAAACGAUGCGAGCGCCGUGACCGAGCGAUUUGCGAACUACAAAAUAUUUGAACUAACCGUUAAAAAGAGUAACGAUAAGAAGUGAGUAGAGUAAGACGUCUGUUUUACAUUAUACAUUUACAUCCGAUCUUUAUGUAACAAUAUUUAUUGUAUAUCCGACAGAAAACCAAAAACAGGGCGCGUGUCGGGAAGCAAUCUUCUCACACGCGACUAACACGUUAAAAAAAAAUCCUCAAUAUGCAUGAAAAUGAAAAAAGAGAAAAAUACUUCCAAUUGCUUCAAACAUUUCUAAACAUUGUUUCUAAGCGUCGCAAAGCAAUGUUUUUAUAUUGAAAUUUCAUUAUUGUGUAUAAUUUUCUGCUUUGAUGAGUCCACUUUCAAAAAAUAAUUUUAAUAAUAAAACUUUUAGCUAACGUUAAUUUGAACCGUAAAUGAGUAAAAUAAGUUAUGCGUGCAUAUGUUUUUGUUUUGGUUGCUCACCACAACUUCUCGAUUGUUGAUAAAAAUUCGUUCCAGAAAGCAGUAAAUCAAUUCAACAUCUUCAAUUCAACUGGAAAAACAUAAUUAUGGACCAGGAAACAGAGAAGGAAUACGAAAGCGAGGAAUAUUUAGACGAGGAGGAAGGAAAUGGCUCAGAUCCAUUGAUGGUGAUCGGAGAUAAUUUGGAGGCUGACGCGGGAAUCUCAGACCAGCUGCAGCCGAUGAGUGACGAUGCCAGAGAGGACGGAUUUUCGGAUGAUUCCUCAGAAGAUGCCGCGGACAAAUCUGGAGGAGAAGAGUUCGUGUUUUCGUUCAACGGAAUAUUUUGUCGUCGGCUGUAUCGCAGUCAGCAGCGCCCGAAAGAGACAGGCAGGGCUUUGGUGAAUGGUAAUUCAGUGGAAGAAAUACUUGAAUCACUCUGGAUUCAAGCUAAACAUUUGAUGGAUCGGCAAGUGAUCUUUGAAAACGACGUUCCAAGCUGGGCGGAGAAGGUAGAACCAUCCAUUGAAGAUAUCGGCGAGUUCGUGAAUCUACAGGACGAGGUGAAGAGGAAAAUUUAUUCUACAAGCGCCCUGACACCACGACUGUUGAGGAACUGGCGAAACAAAUACCUCAAAGUGUUUGUGUAUGCAUUUUCAACCAGCGUGGAAACAGCCGGCCAAUAUCAACAGAUAUCGAAGAAACUAUUGGCCCCACAAAAUCCAGAUCGAGCGGGAGCCCACUCCACCAGAGAUGAUUCUGCGUUGGCUGACGAGUUACGGCUUAAUCAUUCUCACCUGGAGGGCCAUCACAGUUCCUGGCUACUGUGGGCCAACACAAUUAAUUGCUCACCAGCUCAUAAGCAACAGGCUUUGAAACAAGCAGAAUCUCCUCCGAUAGAGCUGUCGAAGUACUUCCGAUGGGCAGCGGUGUCGGAAGCAGCUCGUUUACAAUCGAUUCAUCGGGGUAUGGUUGUAGCUAAGACUUCCAAUACUGCCUGGUGCCGCGAACUGGAUGAUUUGAAAAACAAAGUGUCUCUCGGGAUUUCAAUUUUUCAAGACGUUCAUCAGAAACUGGAAGCCAUGACUAUUCGAGGAAGUACGGAAUCAGAGCUGUUCAGUGCGAUGGAAUCAGCUACUCGUCCAGAAGAAACCAGCUUGAGCCACUCUUUGGCUGAAAAAGUAAUGGAUUGCAGUGACGUUGAUCAUGCGUAGCAGUGAUAUGUAGAGAAAGGAUUUUGUUUUAUUUUUUUACAUCCGAUUGUUUUCUUUUAUUUGUGAUUCAUUAUUUUUUAAAUAUAUAAACACGUUUUUAUCAAUGCCAAUUUACGCUUUCGUUUCAAUCAAAAAUUAUCUGGGAAAAACAUUGAAAUCCAUAUAUUUUGGAUCCUGACUCAAGCCCCUUUCUGGAAGAAAUGUACCGCCGGACAUGUAGCCACAGUUUUCAAAAAGCUUGUGACAUGGAUAUACUUUAAAGUAGUUCAGACCAUCACAGACCUCUUCCAAAAUCGAUGCAUUUUCUUGGUGAUGUCGCCGAAGAUGUUUUUUGAUUAACCCGAAUACAAUCUCAAUCGGGUUGAAAAAAGGACAGUAGGCAGGAAGGAAUAUGGGGAUGAUACCAACGGACCUUAGGUAACGAAUUAUAUGUGGAUCGCAAUGGAUGCGUGCUCCAUCUAGGAUCCAGACUGAAUGAAAUCCUGGAUAUGUUUGAACGAGGUUAUUGUUUAUCGCAAAUUUACGGCAGCAAUCAAAAAACUUCAGCCUGUUGAAUGUUCCUUCCGUCCAAAAGCUAUCUAAGAUUCCAUCCAUUCCAAGGAAACACAAAAGUGAGACUCGGGGUUUUCUAGAGAACUCUCCACGAUAGAGAAGUUUCUGUCCAACCACCCCAUACCCCUUCCUGCGUAACAUAUCCUUGUUAUCAAAGGAUACUUCAUCCAGAAAGACUAAGUUAUACAAAUCCCAUCGAAUCGCAAGCAUUUCCUGGACAAAUCUUAUUAUCUCAGAAUCACGUAUCUGCCCAAGUAACCAUGACGCUGUAUAUAGAGCAUUAAUUUCGCUUUAUAGUGUAUUAUAUGACAUGCGAUAUAAAGUUGUUUUGUCAUAUAGGUACCAUUAAAGUAAGUUUAAAAUUGAAAGUGGCGCUACUAUUGUUGAUUUAAAGCAAGCUUUACUGUGGUGAUUGCUAAAGCAUAUAAAAUGCUUGUACCAUAUAGCUAAUGCAAUCAAAUCGUAUGGAAUGCAUACUUAAUGCAUCAUGUCAAAAAAGAAAAAAGUAUGUUUUUCAUUUUUCUAUCUAUUUUUAUCUUCUCAUACCUGUUCCGAUACUCUCACUUUAAUGUUUUUUAUUGUAUUUCGGGAAUUGAACCUAGACUGUUGGAACUGGACCACGAUGAAACUCGGACGCGCUAACGCUAUGUGCUACGAUACCAUGUAUUUUGCACAUGGAAAAAUGUGCAACAUAAGGUAACGUAUACUUAGCUCGUGCCUUAUUGAGUUGUGUUAUCAGCAACUCUAAAAAAAAUGUGCUGGGGUCUGAAUGCCAUACUCUCGAAUAUAAAUUCGUCUGUGUUGAUUCUGUUUUUUUGUUUUCAUACGUGCUCACUUCUACCAAUAAAUAAGAUACAAUACAAACAGUGCUUUAAUCCUUCCUUUUAUGAAAUCGGGGCGUUAAAUAAGGAAACUAAUACCCCACAUAUUUUUUGUUCCCUCAACAUCUGAUUGUUUUCAUACCCCAACCAGAAACCACAAAAACCAUACAUAAUCUAUAUGUUCAAAUAGCAACAUCUGAGCAUGAUAAUCUAAAUGCUACGCAGCAAUCCAUGAAAUUUUUUGGUUUGUUUCUUUUUUGUUCUGAAUGGUUCGGUUUCUAAAAAUGUUUUACAGUUUUUUUUUUCGAACUGAGGGGUAUUUUUCUGUUGACAACGAUGGAAACUUUAGGAAAGGCAUAUAUAAAGUAAUAAGUGCUUGCAUUAUUGAUUGCUAUAAAGCAUUUAACAUGGUAAUGCGAUGAAGCAAUAAACAACGGCCCUAUAGAACUUUACAGAACUGUCAAAAUCUCGUAAUGCUUGAAUGCUUUCAUAAUGUAGAUUAAACGCUUCAUUACUUGACAGAUGUAUAAUAAAAGUUAUCUUGCAUUAGCUAAACUAUAAUACGAUUGAAUUAAUGUUAUGAUAUAAUGCUUGUGGUUACUUGGGUACCUGCCUUAUCCAUUACACCCAUCCUACCGACUAACCAAAACUUCAACCUACAACCUUCAAUCUGAACCCAGAUUGGUACCAGCUCACGCAAAAACCUCGGAAUAUGUUUUCUGUAAUAUUUGAUGAAUUGUCACCUGCUUAUGGCUAAAAAUCCAGAAAUAAAUCCAGAGUGAUCAAUCGACCUAUUACCGAAAAUUUGAAUCAAUUGUUAAAUAAAAAGGUGAUCGAUGGGAAGCGAGCGGAGUGUGUGGUGUGUUUCUCUGUGCCAUAUCCAUGGGUCCCAAGUAUUUUGGAUGUAAUUUAUUCAACUGAUAAAGAAUAUUUGACAAAGUGUAUCUCGAUGAUUUUUUUACCCAUGUAUUAAUAGAUUGGCAGUUAACAAGAGAUACAAUAUUCCAGAAUAUGUAAGCUAUUGUUUAAACAUUCCAUGCAAGAUUCUAGUGGAGAUUCUCGCUGGCAUUCCUGAUAGUUGAGCCCAUGGUCGAUGAUUCUAUUAUGGAAAGCAAUCAACUUGAUGCCAAAUCUACAAUAUUUUCUAGAAUGACCAAAAAUCACAAUCAUACAUACGAAUAAUACAAUAAAAAUUUUAAUAAGUGUAAGAAGGGUUCUGUUCACCAUAGGUUUUUUUA